AUGAGGGAAUUCGGAGGAAAUGUUGCUGGGGACAAACAGGACUCUGUUCAAUCUCAACUUUUUGUCGACAAAACAUCUUUAAUAAAAUUAGUCUCCCAUGAAGUUGAUCAUAUUCUGCUGAUUUCUGCUCCUGCGGGAUUUGGAAAAACAACAAAUAUGGACAUGAUGAGGCGUUUCUACGAGAUACAAGUGGAUGAAGAUGGUGGUUUUGUUGCGAGAAAUAAUACAAAAUACUUUAAAAUAUUUGCUAGCUUAUACUUAAAAAAUAGGAUUCCAUCGCAUUUAGAUGUUUAUGAAGACAAGAAAUUUUUUAAUGCAUUUUUUGCACAGUAUCCUAUUAUACAUGUUGAUUUUACACAGCUUGAUUUCAAAUCCUGGAGCAAAUUUAAAGAAUCUUUUGUCAAAAUCAUCAAUGAACUUUUCAACUACCAUAGCUAUUUACUAAGUAGUGUUAAGUUAAGUGAUAAAGAGAAGGUUAUGUUUAGAAAUUACCAAUUUAGCGUUAUAUGUAGGGAGCUGGAACCUGUACAGCUAAAAGAAAGUAUGACGUUUUUAGCUUCAAUGUUGUACAAAUAUUUUAACCAAAAGGUAAUAUUGCUGAUUGAUGAAAUAGAUUCUAUAAUCCAUGGUCAACUAAUGAACAUUUGUGACAACACCGAGGAAAUAAUUACCUUCAUUGCUGAUCUGGUAAAGCAUACGUUAAAUUCUAAUUUGAUUGCAAAAACUGUAAUAAAUUCUUCCUCAAGAUUUUGUAGAGUAUUUACUAAAGGUGUUGGCAAGAUAAACCAUUUUAUUCACUCUGAAAAACAUUCUUUUAAUAAAUUUUAUGGAUUUACAGAGGCCGAUGUGGUAAAUUUAGCUGAAAUAUUUGGGCUAAAAAAUAAUUUGACCACCAUUCAAGUUUGGUACAACGGCUAUAAAAUUCCCAAAAGUGAUCUUAAAAUGUAUAGCUUUAAUUCCAUAUCAAAUGUUAUGUUUAGGAAAGACAUAGACAUUUACUCCAAAAAAGGUAAAUAUCCUAAAAAGCUGGAGAAAUUAUUUCUCAUCAAAGGGAUUAGGAGGAAAGUAAAGACUUUGAUUAAAAAUGAUGUUAUAAAUGUUGCAGCUGUAAAAGAAAUAACAGUAAAAGAUAUUUUAAGACUGAAGGAAAUAUUCAAUCAAGAUUCAUACACUGAUCUGUGUUCUAGAGAUGAAUCACUGAUAUUCGAUUAUAUGUUGAACCUAGGAUAUUUAACUGUAGUUGAUUUAAUUGAGAAUUGCUCUAUGAUGACUUUAAAAAUUCCGAAUAUGGAAUCAAAAUCUGAGUUAUUAGAUUUGGUUUAUUCCAUGCCAUAUUUUAAAACUAAAUUGAACUUAACAGACGAGGAAAUUCUCACAGUAAAUGAAACUUUUCUCGAUUCCAAAAUGUCAAAGUUUUUAGAUGAACCAGUUCUUACAUCCUCCCAUUAUAUAUAAUUUUUAUAUAAAA